AUGACUGGCAGCAUUCAAGGUUCUGCAAUUGACGACAGUUUUGAGACUCUCACCAACGCACCAGACGCAUGGGUUUCUGGCCGCUACGCUGGACCGCCCCCGGUCGACUAUCAACACUACGUUGAGCCAGGAGACACGCGCAGUGCUGUCGACGACAGAUGCUUUACCGAGUAUGGAGCAGUCGAGCAUGUUCAUCCUGUCAGCAACAUGAUCAAGCCAUCAAAACCAGGCCAGAAGCGCCACCGAUCGCGGCAGACAUCAACCAAGCCGGCGUCUCAUGGCAAGCGUCUCCCUUCGCCCUCGUUCCGCAUUCGCAGUAAGGAUGGUGAUAGUGUGACUUUGAGUAACCCGUUCGUGUUGCGCAAGUCAUCCCGCCCUCGGCCUUGCGAAGAAGCGGAAGCGUCGUCCCAAACAGAUAGUCAGAGUCAGCGAUCUUCGACAACGGCUGCACGCUCUCGCACUUUCCAAAUCCGCAUCAAGGGCAAGAAUGGCGAGGAAGUCAUUCAGAACCUUGAGAGACCUCUGCAUUUUGCUCCGCAAUCUAGUGACAUGCGUGACUCGCAAACAACGACGGCUAUUGAACACAUAUCUAAUCAGGGAGUGGUCAAGUAUUGGUCUGCCAAUCAAUCAUCCUCGAGCCAUGAGCGCAAACAGACGCGCAAGAGUAAAUCAGGACCUACAACUUACACCGACUUCAUCGUCGAGUCGAGCACGGCGGCCCCCUCGACGCCCGGUAGAUCUGUCAAAAUGUCUGGAGCUCUGCCAGGUUCCUGUCCCGCACCCACCAGGGACUCUUCGAGAUCGCAUCUGCUGUCUCCAGAGAAGCCCGUCAGCCCUAUGCAUGACUCUGUCAUGUCGGUCAGCAGGUAUCCCAGCAAGAAUCUAUCUCCAUCUCUUUCGCAAUGCUCCAAACCCUCAUCUCAAAAGUCGUCCCGUAUCUCUCCGCAGGGUGAGGCAAUCAUAGUACCAGAGGACUCUUUGGAAGGAUCAGUGACGGCCCCAUUCACAUCCCUUUCAACACACUGCGUUGUAUCCUCCCGACCAGUGUCUCCAGUCUCGCUUGCCGAGCCGUCCGAAGCAAACGAUGCAGCUAGUGUCUCCGAUCUUGUCACCUCACAGAAGUCUUCCAACAAGAUCGUUGAAGCGUCAUUGUCCAGCGUAUCGUCUGCUCCAUCAACGUCCUCUCGCAUCUCUUCGAAACGUGUCGUUACGCUGACCGACUCUUCGGUGCGAACGCAGGAGGAACAGGACGACUCACGACCUGUUACUGUGUCGCUCAGCAAGCAUAAGGAGACAACGCAAGAAGCGUAUUACAACUGGAAAGUGCCAAAAGACUCCUUGUACUCCAUCUCGACCAAAGACUCAAGGUCCACGCCCUAUCACCAUGAUCAGAUCACUCCAGACGAGACUGCGCGUCUUUCAUCUCAGACUAUCAGUCACUCUGGCGGAGCGCCGCUACAGAACGUAGACGCAGACAGCGACAUCUCAUCCCUGACACGUCCAGAGAGUCGUCAGUUGUUGCCGCAAGAUUACCAACCACCUCCGCGCUCGACGUCAGCAGAUUCGUCCAGUGUUAAAGCAAGCACUGCUGGAUGGGUCCUGGAAACCGCACAUUGUCUCCCACUGCCUUCUUCGCGCUCUUCUUCCUCAAUACCAGAAGGCGUUCGAUCAUCUUCAACAUCCAAGCGACAUUCCGUGCGCUUGGCGUCGCAACGUUCUGCACCUGACGAACAUGAUGGGAACAAGUCUCCCUCAGCGCCUGCUGCAGCCUCCGCGUGGACGACCAGCAACUAUGCCAGACGCUCCUCCUCUCAUCGGACAGACCAAGGAGCCGCUGAAUGGGAUCAGCCUGCAGAAUGGGAAGAACAGCUAACUUCAGCGCAUCACUCAAAGACAUCACGGACAUCGAGCUCACAUCAGAGACGAUCACGCAGAUCCAAGUCUUCACCCCGGGAUACUCAUGGAGCUCUUGAACAUGACUACAAUGAGCAAGCGUCAUGGGCUGAGAUAAGGAAAGACUCAGAGAGAUCAGCCAGGUCAGCAUCACCGAUCAACGUCGAAGAAGACUUACUCGACUACCUACCACCCCUCUCGGAUGAUGAAGGUCGCCUGCCGCCACCAAUGCCAAUGCUUACCACCAUCUUCGAAGAAUCAGAGGCAGAUCCAUCACACCUUGGUCCAAGCAUGCAAACACAAGGAUCGACACGGUUUGCCAGACCGGGCGCCAUCUCACCUCACCCGCUAAGCUCGAUUUCCUCGGUAGCAACAGCACGCAAACCACCAACGAUUGAACCGCAUCGACUCGAAUACCAGAGACCAUACGUAGAGAGCAAGUCGAGCUCGAGUGCUUCUUCAGGUGCACUUGAGAGCAGUCGUCGACAUAGCCGUCGAAGCUCGAGACCAAGAAUGUUGGACGAACAGGCGUAUUACUCGGCAAAGGAAGGAGGUCGUAGCCGUGGUAGUCGGGGAGAGGAAUCAGGGAGUGCACAGCCGCCUAGAGGGAGUCGCGGCUCGGCAAAGCCAUCAGGCGGAGGUUGGAAGUUUUGGUAG